AUGGGUGUCAAACAAUCAAAACCAUCUGAUCAGUUAGGUGGUGGAAUGAGUAAAGAAGAGAAACAGAAAUAUGAUUGGGACGUUGAAAGAUACCAAAAGAAAAGAGAGAUGUUGUCGAAUCUACCAAGAAACUAUGCUGUUGAACAAUGUAGAACUUCGGAUGCCGCUCAGGUAUUCUCUAAUAGACGACCAAACACCCUUGAUUUCUCUAAUGUCAGAGUGCCAUCUGCCAUGUCUAAGGGACUUACCAAAGGAGAAGACAAUACAGAGUACUAUGACAGUGAAACAACUAUACAAGAAAAAGCAGCAGAGGUAGCGAGAUUAUUGAUAAGCUCGAGACACUGCGUUGUUUAUACAGGUGCUGGAAUCUCGACCACUGCAGGAAUGCCGGAUUUCCGUGGCCCUGAAGGAGCUUGGACCAAGCAAGAUCAAGGAAUCUACGAAUACUCCAAUGUUCAACUAAAUGAAAUCGUACCGACUCUCGCUCAUAUGGCAGUCGCCAAGCUGGUGGAAGUAGGUCUUGUAAAAUUCGUAGUAACCACCAACAUGGAUUGUCUGCAUCUGAAAUCGGGAGUUCCACACGACAGAAUAGUGGAACUUCAUGGAAAUUCAUUUAAACAACGUUGUACCGUUUGCAAACAUGUGGAGCAUCUACAUGAGGAGAUCUACAAUUCACCGGUAUCGAGAUGUAAGCAAUCCGGUUGCACUGGACUCUAUGUAGAUUCGAUAGUUAACUUUGCAGAACCGAUCGACGACGAUGACUGGCGUGUAGCUAAAGAGCAAUCAGAACGCUGCGAUCUAUCGAUUGUUCUGGGAACCUCAAUGAGAGUUUUACCGGCAUGUCUGCUAUGUGAGAUGGGACCAAUAGCCACCGGUGGUAAAAUGGUUUUAUGUAAUCUCCAAAUCACACCAUACGAUGAUAAUUCAACACCAAGACCAUUUUGUACAACCGAUGAAUUUAUGUAUUAUCUUAUGAAGGAAUUGAAUAUAGAAAUACCAAUGGUAACACAAAAAGGUCAACCUAUAAAACAAACUAUUUUCCCAAUUGAAAAGAAAUCUUAUUGGAAACAAAGUUCUGAAAUUGAUCAAGCUAAUUAUGAUAAGGGUUUUAGUUUCCUUUUCUAG